AUGACGAGGGAGCAGUGGCAGAGCAGGGGGGGAAGUCGAGGGAGACUGAAUCGUGACAGUUUUGUAUAUGACGCUCCUCCCAUGGUAAUGAAAGGACCAACCAGCAGAGAUGCGCAGGGAAUCUAUGACACCCCCCCAAGUGUGGAGAAGAACCAGCUGCUCUCCCAGCAAAUGGUGUAUGACUUCCCUCCAUCUGUGAGUAAGGAUGUUCCAGACGCACUCAUCAAGGAGGAGACCUAUGACGUCCCACCUCAUUUUGCCAAAAUGAAGUGUCCAAGCCCAAACUCAGCCAAUCCUGAACCACCGAUACCCGAAGAUGUGUAUGAUGUGCCACCCCCCCAGACGGGUGGCAAACCACUGGCUGAAGCACAGGAGAUCUAUGACAUCCCCAGCAACCUGCAUCAGGGUGAUGUCUAUGACUUCCCUCGUGAGCGCCCACCAGUUGCUGAGGAAUCAGGUGAAUACAUCUAUGAUGUACCACCACAGGUGGUACGUGAUGCAGCAGGUGCUACCACAGAGGAACUGACAGUGAGCUUUAAGCGCCUAUCUGCUUCCAGCACAGGCAGCACACGCAGUAAUUUGUCCACCUCAUCCCUAGACACAGUGCCAGUGCGGGACAGCACAGUGCCAAGCCGCUUGCUUUCCCUAGACCUUGAGCAGGCCAUGGAGAGGCUGUCACGCCUGCAGCAGGCUGUGGAUACUUCAGCUUCAAUGCUCAUGUCCUUUGUCAAUGGUGAUUGGAGAAGCCCUGCCCAAAUGGAUGCUAAUUUGCCCUCCAUUCGAAGGGCAUCUGAAUUAUUACGAGCAUCAGUCAGGGAACUACUGGAGUUUUCUCGUGGUGCUGUGGCCAAUGCUGCUCAAGCCACUGACCGUACGUUGCAGGCCAAGCUCAGCAAGCAGGUGCAGAAGAUGGACGAGGCAUUCCAAGGUCUGCUCAAGCACAUUCAGGCACUGGACACCCUGGGCUGGGCUCCUGCUGCUCUCCCAGCACCAGCUGCCAACAGUGGUGGGGACGACCUGGACCAGCUGGUCAUGUGUGCUCGUGCUGUACCUGAUGACACCAAGCAACUCGCAUCCUUCCUGCACGGUAAUGCAACGUUGCUCUUCAGAAGGACAAACAGACAGCAGCAGCAGACCUCAGAAGUGUUGGGCCAGCUGAGCAGCAGCAGCUCUAGUGUCUCAGCCUAUCAGACAGGCACACCUGACCGGACCAACAUCCAAUCAUGUCCACUGCCCUCACCACCCAAGUUCACAGCAGAAGAGGAGCCUCCUGAGCGGCCCUAUGAAACCACGGAGGAGGGCUGGAUGGAGGACUAUGACUAUGUACAUUUACAGGGUAAGGAGGAGUUUGAGAAGAACCAGCGACAGUUGCUGGAAAAAGGCAACAUCACUAGACACAAUAAGACCCAGUUGGAGCAGCAGCAGCUCAAGCAGUUUGAGAGGCUGGAGCAGGAAGUCAGUCGGCCAAUCAACAAUGACAUUUCAGGCUGGACCCCGCCCCCACACUACCCACCACCGUCGCGCAGCAAGCUGUGUGCAGGUGACCGGCGGCUGCUGCUGUUCUACUCAGAGCAGUGUGAGGCCAACAUCACCACGCUGACCAAUGCCAUUGAUGCUUUCUACUCAUCCAUCAACAACAAUCAGCCACCCAAGAUCUUUGUCGCUCACAGCAAGUUUGUCAUACUCAGUGCCCAUAAGCUGGUGUUCAUUGGAGAUACAGUCUCACGUCAGGCCAAGUCCCCCGAGGUGCGGAGUAGGGUAGCACAGCACAGCAACGCGCUCUGUGAAAAGCUGAAAGACAUUGUAGUUAGCACCAAGACUGCAGCCCUACAGUACCCAUCUCCAGGGGCGGCACGGGACAUGACCGAGAGGGUCCGCGAGCUGUCUGGCUGUACCCAGCAAUUCCGCAUGGCCCUCAAUCACCUACUUUCCAUGUGAAAACAAACAUGGGAGUGUACAGAAACACUGAGACCACACAUGCAUGGAGUCCCACUGCGACUUGUUCCAUGUCCAUGCUUUGUGCUUUGUAUUCCCCCCCAAAAAAAGACUAUAAACACUAUCCGUGAACAGUGCUAUGAGUUGUAAAUGAAUUUAUGUAAAUAUAUAAGUUUCUGUAAGAAGAUGGGGAAGUAGUGGGGCAACAAGAAAGGAUGAACUGUAUCUUUUUUUCUUUGAACAACAGUGGAGGAAAAAAACAACUGAAAAGUAGUUUUUAGUUAUUAUUCACUAUUAUUGUUAUUAUGUAAUUAUUGCCCUGAUUAUAAUAAUUGUCAUCAUUAUUCUUAUUAUUAUUGAUGAGAUAUUAAGGAUGUCUAGAAUUUUAAAUGUGUAUGUAGAAGUACUUAAUGGCAUUUUUCAUCAGUGAUGAGGAUUUUUAAUAAAUUUGUAUGUUAGCAUGAGGGAAGUGAUGGCAGCAGAUGUGCAGCGCUUUGUGCUUUUAAUCAACAGUGCUGAUUCAGGGUGGGAGCAAAGUGUUGGGGUGAGCUGACUGGCAGUCUGGACACAUAGACUGCCUGAAUGGGUGGAAGGUAAUUCAGUUCGCUUCAAAUCUGCUAAAAUAUUCUAAUGAAACAGACUCAGAAGAUCCACAAGCAAGGGUAGAUUUGGGAAACUUGUGGGAAAAGAGUAGGUCUUUUUUAUCUGUUAAGUAGUUUCAUUCCCAACAUACUUGUUAUUCUUUUCAGUAUGCUUGCUCACCUUUCUCCCACUCUGGUCAUCGUCUGUGUAUUUUGAACAGGUUUUUGUGACUUGCUGUGCACUACUCCAGUUUUUUUUACUAUGUUCUAGAUAAGGCUUCGUAUCUAGCAGCAUGCCAAAGGCGUUCUCCAUUGCAGUGCUACACCCUGCUGGACAGGGUCAUAUUAGCCAAGGGGUUCUGUUUAAUAACUGAAAAAGAUUUUUCCUUUUGGCACAUUCCUGACCUUUAAUGUUUAUUAAUCAUGAUGGCAGGUCUGUUCCCAUGAGUAGGCUCUUUUUCUUUUAAUAGCUCUAUAAAAAUCUUUAGCCACCUCAUAGUUAAACACGCCUAGUCUAUUCAAAUAGUACAUUUUAACGAACCCCUAAAGAUCAGCUAAGAGUAAGGCAUUUUUUACUAUGCUGUAAUGUGGCAACAGCUAUGUCAUUUUCACUCACCUUCUGCAAGAUGUUUGUCACUGGAGGGCAAUGUUGAGAAGAAAUCCAUCUGCCUCAAAUGUUUUCUUGGCUUUUUAACACCCUAUUGGUUGUAUUUUGGAUAUCAGAAUAUGUCAGCAGAAUUAAGUUGGUGAAUGUGGUUUUACCUUUAAGUACUACAUGUUGUGCAUAUAGUCAGAAUCCUUAUCCAGUUUGAAAAAAAAGGAGCACAGUGAAAAUGAAUAUUGACUUGGUAUUUGUUAUUGUUAAUGUUAUUUCAUCCUCGAAUCUGUGUGUAAGGGUUUGGAAUAUCUUUGCGAUGUUAAAAACAUACUGUAAAUUGCAUAACUGGAAAAUAUAUGUCUAAUAUAUUUUCAUUAAAAAAAUUGAUCAA